CAGACAACGUGGCGGGCCCGCCAAGCCAAACAUGUUCGUCAACUAGCCCCAUUACUUGCAUGUAGAAAUGUCACGUUUACGGACUUGAGGAAAUGCGCACGUCGUUGACAAAACCCUGCUGACAUCAGGCCUAUUGCCGGGACUAUCUAAUCCCUGAGGCCAUAAAUGGCGUCCUCUAGCGUAGUACUAGCUUCAGCCGGCUAUGACCACACCAUUCGAUUUUGGGAGGCGACGAGCGGCUGCUGCUACCGGACGCUGCAGUAUGCGGAGUCGCAAGUGAACAAGCUAGAAAUUACCGCUGAUAAGACGCGGAUAGCGGCAGCCGGCAACCCGCAAAUCCGGGUCUUUGACGUGAAUUCCCCGGAUCCCAACCCGCUGCUGUCCUACGAUGGCCACGCCGGCAACGUGACGGCGGUGGGCUUCCACAAGGACGGCAAAUGGAUGUUCACAGGCGGCGAGGACGGGACGGUGCGCGUGUGGGAUACGCGGUCGCCGGUGUGCCAGCGCACCUACGAGAGCCGCGCCGCCGUCAACUCAGUAGUGCUGCACCCCAACCAGGGCGAGCUCAUAUCGGGCGACCAGACGGGGCACAUCCGCGUGUGGGACCUGACAGCCUCCGCCUGCUCCUGCGAGCUUGUACCGGAGAUAGGGACAGCGGUGCGGUCGCUGACUGUGGCGCUGGACGGCACCAUGAUUGUGGCGGCCAACAACAACGGCACCUGCUACGUGUGGCGCAUGAUGCGAGGUGCCUCCCUGACCACCCACUUCGAGCCGCUGCACAAGCUCAAAGCGCACUCCAACAUCAUUCUCAAGUGCCUCAUAUCACCCGACUGCCAGCAGCUCGCCACCACCAGCGCCGACAAGACGGUCAAGCUGUGGAACCUGGACGGCUUCACACUGGACCGCACGCUGGUGGGCCACACGCGCUGGGUGUGGGACUGCGUGUUUAGCGUGGACGCAGCCUACCUGGUCACAGCCUCCUCGGACGCCACUGCCCGCCUGUGGGACCUGGGCAGCAGCGAAGCCAUCCGCACCUACAGCGGCCACCACAAGGCGGUGGUGUGCUGCGCGCUGAACGACUCGGCGAUUGAGGGGCGCGACGUGGACGGGUAACGCUAUCAAUCACGGAAAUGGUGUUGCUGAUGUAGGUGGUGUUGGUUGCUGGGGUUGGAGGGACUGGUGGAUGAGGGGGAGUAGAUAGUUGGUCCAUGGGGAUGAAGGCAAAAAGGGCGGUUCGUAUGGGAGGGUUAGGAAAGCACAAGAGGAAAGGAUCGACACCGUGCAUGCGAAUGCGCAAGCAAACGGCGGCCGCGAUGUGUGGUGCAUGGGUGAUAUGGGCAAACGGCGUGCUGGCUGUUCAGGACAGCGUUGUUCGGACUGGACUUCGCCAGCGUGUUCAGACGAUGAUGGUGGUGGUGGGUAUGCUUAAUGAAGAUUGCAGGGCAUCGCCAAGCUAGAGGCUGUAUGUCGUUUUGUCGCUCAGUUCUCGACUUCGCCAGUGUGUUCACAGGAUGAAAUGGUGGUGGUGGUGGGUAAGCUUAGUGAACAUUGCAGGGCAUGGCCAAGCUAGAGGCGGAAUGAAUGCAUUCGGCCUACUGCGCCACACUCCACAGACGCCCCGAGGAAGAGGCGGGAGAGGCCUGCGUAGGAGGAGGUUCAAAAUGGACAAGGAGUUGGGCAGGCCGGUUUCGGCGGUAAUUGCACGAAUCCAUGUAAAUUCGUUUUGUG